GUAGUCCGUUUCAUGAGCACGGAAAACUCCGGAUCUUCUCCGGAUACGCUGGACCACAACAAAUCGUCGACUUCUCUAGCACUAGCGGCGUCGCUAGUAGACGGCGGAGGCGCCGCGCUGGCCGGAACGAUAUUGUUUUCCUGUAGUUUCCAGUGAGUGACGCCGACAAUCCUCGUCCACACGAGCACUUGCAGGAGUAGGAGGUGAAACGGGAGCGGGACUCUCGCUAAAACACGGUCCAUGGCGUCCGGGACCGCUCUCUGGUUUGCUCGUGUCUCCACAAAACUCUUCCCUUUGCUGCCUUGUUUGUUGCAAUAUUUCCAUUAGAAGCGCACCAUAACGCUGCGCAUUAAUUAGAAUUGCUGCUGGCUUGUGAAAAGGGAACGGAAUGGCAGAAGAAGACGACGCAGAGAAGCAGACCAUUGAGUCCGUUAUGGGAUUCUCGGGGUUCGGGAAGAAGGCGGCCAUGCAUUUCGACGUGGAAAAGAUGUUUGCGGAGACGCGUCGCUCUGCACAGGAGUACACACAGAGCGUGGCAAUCAAGAAAGGUGUGGAGACAGGAGGUGCGGAGGGAGUGGGUGAGGGUGGGGAGAUGAGGAGUGGUGAUAGUAGCGAUGACGACGAUGACAUCAUCGGUCCGCCACUCCCACCCGGGUACGGGGCAGGGGGGAGUGGGUCUCAGCCCGAGAGGUCCGAAGAGGGGGAGAGUGAGGAGGACGAUGAAGAAGAUAAUUCGGAUUUCUUGCAUUCAUUUCCCUUGUCACAUGAAGUGAAACUGGAACAUGGAGAUAAACCAGUAUCAGCUCUGGGCAUGGAUCCCAGUGGAGCCAGAGUCAUAUCUGGUGGCUAUGACUACACGGUACGGCUCUGGGACUUUGCCGGAAUGGACUCAAGACUCAAAUCAUUUCGCUCCAUCACUCCCUGUGAGAGUCAUCGGAUAUGUACACUGCAGUACAGCAUCACUGGAGACGCAAUUCUUGUGGCGUCCGGAAGUGCACAAGCGAAGGUGUUGGACAGAGAUGGUCACAAUAAGAUGCAGUGUCCUAAGGGCUGGCAGUACAUCAUUGACAUGACUAAUACAAAGGGGCAUGUUUCCAUGAUAAACUGUGCCUGCUGGCACCCAAAGAUCAAGGAAACCUUCCUUACCUGCUCCAAUGACUGCACCCUGAGACUUUGGGACGUGAAUGAAAAGGAGAAGCAGCUGAACGUGAUCAAGGGGAGGGACAAGAAGGGGAGAAAGUCCGCCAUUUCCACGUGCACCUUCAGUAAAGAUGGAAAGAUGAUAGCAGCUGGGCUGGUCGACGGUAGCAUACAGCUGUGGAAGAGCAGCGGACCUUUUACUAGAUCAUCUCUACAUCAGUACACUGCUCAUACUCCAGGCACCGAGACGUCUUGCAUCACCAUGUCCCAUGACAACCAGACACUCGUCUCCAGGGAGAGGUGAUUGACACAUUGAAAGUUUGGGACAUUCGAUCGUUCAAGAGGCCCGUCAACGUUGCAACUGGAUUGCAAAACUUUUUCUCGGUAACUGACUGUGCAUUUAGUCCUGAUGAGAAGAUUAUCGUCACGGGAACAUCAGUCAGGAAAGACCAGGGAAAAGGUGAACUGGUAUUCUUUGACAGAGAACUGAAUAAAGUUAACUCUCUACCAGUGGCAGACUGUAGUGUGAUUCGUUGCUACUGGCAUCCAAAGCUGAACCAGAUUGUCGUUGGCCUUGGCAACGGAAAGGUUCACGUCUUCUUCAGUCCUCGAUAUAGCAUCAGGGGAGCCAAGCUGUGUGUGGUAAAGAAGAAAGUCCAGAGAAUUGAAGACAUGGUUCACAGUGAAAUCAGCGGCCCCAUCAUAACACCACAUGCCCUCCCUCUGUUCCGGGAAGACCAGCCGAAGAGCAUGAAGAGACGGAGAGAGAAGGAGAGAGCCGAUCCAAAACUGUCUCACAAACCAGAAACUCCCGCCCCUGGAAAAGGUGUUGGAGGUAGAAUAGGCACAGGUAGUUCCCUCGGUUCUUACGUGAGGAAAAUCCGAGCUGUCGAGAAUGUGGAUCUCGAUGAAGAUCCCAGAGAAGCUCUUCUCAAAUAUGACAAAUCAGCUAAAGAGAAUCCGUUUUGGAUCGCACCUGCUUAUAUGGGGACUCAACCAAAGCCACUAUUCCAAGAGGCCGAAGACAGUGACGAAGAUUGACUGCUUAUGAAGAGUUGCAGCUGCCAUUUUUUGAGGAAAAGGUCCAACUGUUCGGCUACAAUGGCAAAACUGCUAUUUCCAUCAUUUUUAUGUGUUACUGCACCUUCUUUUAAUUGGUCUUUUUAUUUUCAAUUUGCGACAGAAGUGGGUACGUAAGUUUGCGACAUCUCACAGGUUUAUACACAUAAUAUUAUGAAUGAUUUUUCAGAUGAGUAAUACAUUUUAGUGCUUUUGUAAAAAUAAUUUUUAGUGUCUUUUACAAGUGAAUCACACACACACGUGUAUCUGAUAAUUAUGUACACAUUCAAUGGUAGCUUAGGAAGAGGUGAAAUUCAGAUGUGUUGCUUCUUUUUACCAAAUGCCAGCCUUUAGUUCAUUUC